UAGAUGUGUGUACUACAGAGACGGAACAACCCGCAGUGCCUUCACUGAUCUCCGGACCCCAGACCAUCACUACUGAUUACAAUCUGAGAGGAUACUGCAGGAUAUAAAUAUCUUAGCCACGAUGCGCGGACUGCUUCUUAUUCAUUUGUUUUUUCCUCUCAUCAGUAGCUCACCUUUUCAGUAUAGCAUGUUUCAGGGAAACUCAUAUCCUGGCGGCGAAACGAGACAAAGAAACAAAAACUGGUGCGCCUUCGUUGUGCACAAGAACGUGAGCUGCGCUGUGGUGGGAGGCACGGAGAGUUUCGUGCAACCAGAGGUUUUACCGUGUCCACCGGAGCUGCCAAACUGUGCGCAACAAGUGAUAUAUCAAACACACUUUAGGCCUAUGUACAAGAUUGCCUACAAGACUGUCACAGAACUGGAGUGGAGGUGCUGCCCGAGGUACCAGGGCCACGACUGCAUGGAGUUGAAAGACACCAAACUAGUCCAAACAGAGCGUUUGCCUCAUGCUCCAGCUGCCUCUGGACAUUUUCCAGCCCCACAAGAACCGCGAACAGAUGGCCAGAUGAAUCAUCCACAGGGAGGGGAGAGGCACUUUGGAGGUCAGAUAAGUCACAGGCCCCUAGAUGGUCAAAGAGAAUCUCAAAGCUCACAACACCUGGAGGAGGAGGUGCAGCGACUAUCGCAGAUGGUUCUGGACAUGCAGGCAAAAAUGACAGACAUGUCCUCCAACCUGAGACUGGAAUUCCAGGAGGAUGCCAGUAAAAUGGUACUUACACUGCUGAAUAACCUCAAACAGCCCGCCAGUGCACAGGGAGCAGGGACUGAAACCAUUCAGGUGCAAGGCUUCUCUUUUGACCAUAACACAACGCCAAUGGAUGAUGUCAUGAACAAGAUUAACCGGGUCACACAUGAUCUCGAGUCCAAGAGCAAUACUUUGGAUGAGCUGCUGGGUCGUGUCAACUAUCACGAUGGACAAAUUCGUCUAUUAAUGGAUGCCCAGACUCCUCUGUCCACAGCCUCUUCUGCCCCUCCUAGAGAUGAUGCAGACCUGCGGGCCUACCUGGACGAAAAGAUUCAAGCUCUGAGAGAGGAGUUGAUGGAGGGCAUGGAUAUCAAACUGGCAGACUUGAAGAACUCUUGUGAUUAUAAAAUUCUGUCAGUUCAGGAACAUUGUGAAGUACAGGAAGCCAACUACCUCAGUCUGGCUGAGCUCAUGGAUUCAAAGGAAACUGACCUCCGCAAUGAGAUCCAAGACCUUAGAACCCAGCUAUCUGUUCCAGGAAAGGAAAACCGCCAGGUAUCUGAUUCUGUUCUGGCUCAGCUGGAACACUUUGAAAUCCGUUUGAACUCAACAGAGAAGUCUUCAAUUGCAUUGAGCCACUUUGUAGAGGAAAAAUUGAGAAAAGAAAGGGAAGAAGUUGUCAGAGACCUGACGGAAACUAUGAAGAACAAACUGACCUCUAUGGAGGACAGACUCACAACCAUGUUGAUUGAUACAAGCUCCAACUCCCCAUCUAGUGGUCAGCCAGCAAGUCCUGAUGCUCAGCAGGGAGACAUUAACUCUCUAAAGGUCUCUGUUCGAACCCUGGAGGAUAGACUUGAUAUUUUGGACCAGAAAUGCUCAAAAGAGUGCACAGAUAAUUUAACUGUUGUUGAAAAUCUUAGGCAAGACUUCCAGAGUUUCAAAAAUGCUCUAGAUUCUAUGGAGACUAAUCUCAAAGUCCAGAAAAAUGCUAAUGGAGCAUUGGAGGGACAACUCCUCGACUACAGCAGUAUCAUUGAGAAUGUACAAGGCGAGUUAAGCAACCUUAAAAGUCGUGUGGGCCGUCUAGAGGACCAGCAGUCUCAGACACUCAAAAGCCAUAACUCUAGCUGGGGUCAGGUUAAAAUGGAGACUGAACAGGAGGCCAGGGACCUUUUGGAGCUUCACAGAGCCCAGCAUCAAGAACUGAGAGAACGACUAGAUGAGCUGGGCAGGAAGGUGAAAGCUGAGGCCGACCACUGUAGGGAAAACACACAAGAUGUAGGGAGGGAGAUUGCCCACAUGGACAGUCGUAUUGUUAAUAUGGAGACUUUAUGCAGCAAGCUGGAGCCUAUCUCCACUAGUCUGCAGAGCAUCAAAGAAGGGCUGAACAAGCAUGUCACUGGUUUGUGGAAUUGUGUGAAUCAGCUGAACGGCACAGUUAGAGCUCAUGCACAAGACAUUGGAGGACUGAGGGAGACAUGUGAGACUCUUGAAAACCACAUCGCAAAUAUAGAGAGAGAUCUCCAGCCUGGUAAUGAAGGUGUUCUGGUUAGAGUGGAUGACGCAAGACCCCCCCAGGGCUCAAGUAAGGGCCCCAAGGUAUUGGUGCGUCCAAUGAACACCUCACUCUCUGAGCUGCCUGUGAUGGAAACUGGAGAGGCGGGACCCCCCGGCGAGAUGACUUCAUCCAAAUUGCCCAAAGGAACCGAUGGGGUCAUGAUAUCUGUUCAGGGGUUUGCUGGAGCCCCAGCAUCACCACAAAAACCCACUGACACCCUCAAUACCAGAAUUCCUACAAGUUCAGCAGAUGUGAACAUGGCCCUCAGACCUCCUCCUCUGAAACAGGUCAUGGCUUCAGGUGAGAAAGUAUCGUUCUCAGCUGGUCUAACUCUUCCGCCGUUUCAAGGAGCUGUCGGUAUCAUUCAAUUCAAUGAGGUGCUGGUCAAUGAUGGUGGACAUUACGACCCUCAGACAGGUAUCUUCACAGCUCCCGUGGAUGGCCGCUACCUGGUGACCGCUGUGCUGACACCCGAGCAAGGAGAGAAGGUCGACGCUGUCCUAGGUGUGUCCAGUCGCAGCAUCCAGAGGCUGAACUCUGCUGGUUUCUUGCCUGCAGUCUCAGCCCCGCAUUCCCAUGAACUCUGUACCUGCAGCAGCUCGACCUCAGCAAGCCUGGUUCUCUCACUGAGGCGAGGAGACACAGUACGACUCGUCUUACAAGCUGGAAAGCUCGCCAGCUCAGCCUCUGAGAUCCUGUCAUCCUUCAGUGCUGCACUUCUCUACCCCAGCUCAUCAAAACGGUAGCUCCUCCCCCUCUCAGAGAUAACUGACAUCUUAUAGUAGCCAUAAGUGAAGUAUGGUGCACAUUACAGAUGAUGCACCAAAGCUCAUUGAUGUUGUAUCUAUAAUUUGAUCUCCAAAUAAUAAUUGAGAUUAUGUCACUUCAUGAAUAUUAAUAUAUGGUUUCCACUGCAGCAUUUAUAUUGUAAAAUUCUGUUUAACAUUGUUCUGAAAUAUUUGCUUGAGCAUGCAAUUGUCUGCAGUAAUGUGAGUUUCCUCACAUCCACUGAGUAAUCACUGAUACGGUUUAAUUACUUUUUUGUACUCAUAACCUCCCCCAGGACUUCCAGGUAACACACAAUGUAUAAAAUAAGCUUUGUCCUUUAAAUACAGUCUUUGUUUUAU